CGAUCUGCUAUCUAGCUUUGAUCUCCUAGACGAACCAACAAGAGUCGCUGCCGGGGAGGUUCAGAUUGAAACUCCUUCCUGGGAGCCACCGUUCCACAACUCUCCGCGUUUUCAGUCUCGCUGAUCACAAUUUCAUAGAACCGAAGUUUCGAUCCCUCCAGGAAUACAAAGGCCUUCCAUCGGAGCUCCGCCGGAAACUACCUUGCCGUAAGGCAUCUAUCAGUUACUUGUUUUCGUUGUCCUGCCCAUUUGACGUUGCCACAAGCGGCGGGCAAAAUCACUGUGACAACUCCAGCGGUGGGAACCAGGAGAGCGGAGUAGGUUUUGUCUUAGAUUCUGAGGAUUGGAAGGAAGCUUUUGAGUUUAGAUGAGUUUAUCCUGCUCGUGUUAGUAGUUGAAGUUUUUUGAGCAGGAGAAUAUGUUUUGGAGGGAAAGGGAGAGGGAAAACAAAGAGCUUAAUGGCGGCCCCCCUUGCGGGCAGGUCAGGGUGCUUGUUGUUGGAGACUCAGGUGUAGGAAAGACCUCUCUUGUUCAUCUUAUUAACAAAGGUUCUUCCAUUGCUCGCCCUCCUCAAACAAUUGGCUGUUCAGUAAGCGUAAAGCAUACUAUUUAUGGGAAUCCUGGUAGCUCUUCAAGUAGCAUUCAAACGGAUAGUGAGCGAGACUUUUUCAUUGAGCUUUGGGAUGUAUGUGGGCAUGACCGAUACAAAGAUUGCCGUUCUCUGUUCUACUCUCAAAUCAAUGGUGUUAUUUUUGUCUAUGAUCUUUCUCAAAGAAGGACAAAAUCAAGCUUGCAAAAGUGGGCUGCAGAAAUUGCUUCUUCAGGAACAUUCUCAGCUCCUCUAGCUUCUGGAGGCCCUGGAGGCCUUCCAGUCCCUUACAUUGUCAUUGGCAAUAAAGCAGAUAUUGCUUCAAAGGAGAGCACUAGAGGGAGCAGUGGGAACCUUGUUGAUGUAGCUCGCCAGUGGGUUGAGAAGCAGGGUCUUCUGCCAUCAAGCAAAGAACUUCCAUUGACUGAAAGUUUCCCUGGAAAUGGAGGCAUUUUUGCGGCUGCCAAAGAAGCAAGAUAUGACAAGGAAGCAUUGCAGAAAUUUUUUCGAACGUUGAUCAGGAGGAGAUACUUUUCGGAUGAGUUACCAGGUAGCACUUGGGCCACCUCAAUUGACAAACCGUUGCAGUGGAGUGAAAUUUCAAGUGAAGAGGAUAACUUGUACAAGAGUCCAAACUUGAGUUUGAUAGGUGACUCUUACAAAUAUAGCAACAGCAACACACUCCCUCCUCUGCCUGCGCAGCACAAUCUUCCACCGCCUCCCACGCUCUAUCCUCAACAACCAAUGUCAACUCCUGAUAAUAAUAAUAACUACCGCAUCCCGAGAUUUGGCUCCCAAGAAUUUGGCAACUCUAGUAGCAGCAUUACUAGUAGUAGUAGAUAUAAGCGUACAGAUAUUAAUGUUUGAUUUAAUCUUCUUCAUUCCAUUUUGUGUCGUCGUCCAUUCAUGUCUUGGCUGUGAUGUUAGGCUUUCAUUUAUGAAGAUUUAUUGAUUAUUUUUAUGUGAUAUGCACUCUGUGUUUUGCUUUGUGGAUGCAAGUCUUUCUCUUUGAUUUGCAUGUGAAAAAGUAUUAAUUGUGAUCAUUUUUUUUGUGGCAAUGGGAUUUUGUGCUCUUAGUGGUUUGUUCAUCUUACUGGCGGCUUCAUGUUUUCUUUUCCCGGCAAUAGAAUAUUACAGUAUGU